AUGGAACAAUUUAGGCAAAUUGGGGAGGCACUAGGGGGAUUGAAAUCUGUUAUGGUAUUCCGGGAGAACAUUCAAAUCAAUCAGAGGCAAUGUUCUCUGUUGCUUGAUGUGUUCAACAUUACGUAUGAGUGUAUUGCAAAUGAGAUUAUACAGAACCUGAAAUUUGAAGAGAAGAAUGUGAAGUGGAAGAUUCUAGAACAGCCCUUGAGAGAGAUACAUAGGAUUUUCAGAGAAGGUGAAUCAUACAUUAGGCACUGCCUAGAAACAAAGGACUUGUGGGCAAAAGCCAUUACCUUGUGCCACAACACAGAUUGUGUUGAGUUUCAUAUACACAACUUGCUUUGGUGCAUGCCAGUUGUAAUUGAAGCUAUUGAGUCUGCAGGAGAAGCAUCAGGGUUCGAUCAAGAGGAGAUGCAAAGGAAGAGGAUUAUCAACUCUAACAAAUACAGGAACGAGUACAGAGACAUGAAACUUUUCCAGUGGAAAUUUGGGAAGCAGUACCUCAUCACUCCAGAGUUAUGCCACCGUUAUGAUACAGUUUGGAAGGAAGAUAGAUGGUUCCUUUACAACAAACUUCAUGAAAAGAAAGAGGAAGGUGUAACAAAAUUUGAGAAGAAAUUGAUAGAUUUGCUUUUGAAAAAAUUGGAAAGAUCAGAAUCGCUAGCAGGGAGGCUCCUGCCAAGCUCAAUAUUGGUUAGUUCUAAGGACUUUCAGGUGAGGAGAAGAAUGGGGAAUGCGAGUCAGUACAAGGAGAUUUCAUGGUUAGGUGAAAGCUUUGUCAUAAGACAUUUUACCGGGGACAUUGAAGCUUUGCAGCCUGAGAUCAUAGAACUUUUAUCUCUCUGCCAUCCACAUAUAAUGGACUGCCUUUGUGGCUUUACUGAUGAGGAGAAGAAAGAAUGCUUUUUGCUAAUGGAACUCAUGAGCAAAACCCUUGCCACCCACAUCAAAGAGAUUCACGGUCCACGGAAGCGAAUACCAUUCUUGCUUCAUGUGGCAGUUGAUCUUAUGCUUCAGAUUGCCAGGGGAAUGGAGUAUUUGCAUUCAAAAAAAUUAUAUCAUGGAGAACUAAACCCUUCAAGCAUUCUUGUUAAGCCUAGAGGUACAUCCCCAGAGGGCUACUUGCAUGCCAAGGUAACUGGGUUCGGACUAACUUCUGUCAAGGAUUUGAAUCAGAAAGGGAACACAAAUCAGAAUGGAACUCUCCCAUUCAUCUGGUACUCUCCUGAAGUACUAGAAGAGCAAGAAAACUCAGGGGGUGCAGCAAACUCCAAGUACACACAGAAAUCUGAUGUUUACAGUUUUGGAAUGGUUUGCUUUGAGCUUCUAACUGGCAAAGUCCCUUUUGAAGAUAGUCAUCUCCAAGGGGAGAAAAUGAGCAGAAACAUAAGGGCAGGAGAGAGACCACUUUUCCCACUCAAUUCACCCAAAUAUGUUAUUAACUUGACAAAGAGAUGUUGGCAUACUGACCCACAUCAGCGUCCAAGCUUCUCUACCAUAUGUAGAGUUCUUCGUUAUGUAAAAAGAUUUCUUGCAAUGAAUCCUGGUUACGGUAGUCAGCCAGAGCCACCAUUGCCAGCAGUAGAUUAUGGUGAUGUAGAGUCGGUGCUCCUGAGGAGGUUUCCAUCUUGGGGAAGUUCUGAAUCAUCACCUGUAUCAAUCAUUCCAUUUCAAAUGUUUGCCUAUCAAGUUAUAGAGCGAGAAAAAAUAAAUGCGGUCUUUAAGGAUAACUCGGAGUCAGGAAGUGAUGCUUCAGCCUGUGGCGAUGAACUUGUUACCUCAGGGGAUGAACCGUUUCCAUCCACAGCUGAAAGGAAGUCUUUGCUUGGACAUGACAUUAUGAACAGAAGGAUUACUUUGACCAGGAAAUCUCUUGAUUUGAAGCUCACCAAACAACAAGGUUACCUUCUGGACUUAUUGCUCUUGUUGAACCCCGAAAGCGAGAUCAGCCAGGCCUCCACAAAUGUCCCCUCGUGCAAGAAGUUUGAGGAUUACAUCAGAGAACCACAUAAUAUCAAAUCCAAGGGCAAUAAGAAGAGUAUCUUCUGGUCAUGUCUCAGACUCUGA